AUGGCUUCAUUCGCUCCAACGACUUUCAAUCUGCUCUUCAUCCUACUUUUUGGAUUCAUCAAUGUCACCAAAGCCGCCGGAAUUGCAGUUACCGAUGUCCUAGGACGACCUCAAUGUACUGUGUUUGCCAAUGGCGACCAAGUCAGCGACGUGGACAAUAUCUUGGAAGCAUUCAAUAUCUGCGGGACAUCUGGAACCAUCAUCUUUCCUGAGGAUGAGAACUACUGGAUUGAUCGAAAGCUUAACCCCAUCGUCCAUGACGUGAACAUCCAAUGGCGGGGAGAAUGGACUUUUUCGGACAACAUUGAUUUCUGGAGAUCCGUUGGGUAUUUUGUUUUCUUUCAAAAUCACCGCGCUGGCUUCGUGUUGUCAGGGGAUGGCAUCCAUAUCAAUGGUCAUGGAACUGGCGGUAUCCACGGAAACGGAGACGCAUGGUAUACCGCUGAAAAGGGUACAACAGUUGAAGGCCGUCCUAUGCCAUUCGUGCUCUGGAACGUCAGCGAUGUGACAGUCAAGAAUUUCUACAUCAGGCAGCCCCAGUUCUGGGCCUACAACAUCAUGAACGGAACGGACAUCUAUUUCGAGAAUAUAUCUGUCAAUGCUACUUCUACAAAGGCACCCUCGAGAUAUAAUUGGGUUCAAAAUACGGAUGGCUUUGACACCAUGGAUGUAAAGAAUGUUCGUGUCAAGGGCUUCAACUACACCGGCGGAGAUGACUGCGUUGCCAUCAAACCCCGCUCGUACAACGUAACCUUGGAAGGCGUUACCUGCAAUGGUGGUAACGGCAUUGCGAUUGGAAGCUUGGGUCAGUAUCUCGAGGACUCAAGCGUGGAGGACAUUGCCAUGGACGACUUAACGCUCAAACGGGGACCGGUGGAUCUGCGCUACGGAAUUUAUCUCAAAACAUGGAUCGGCGAACUUGUGCCUCAAGAUGGCUAUGAAAGCGCAGGAGAAUCCCGUGGCGGUGGCUGGGGCCGAAUCCACAACGUAAUCUUCUCGAACGUUCAGUAUGAGAGGGUUAAUAAUGCCCCUUCAUUUUACCAAAACAAUGGUGAUAACGGGUCAUUCGCUGGGACCAGUAACAUGGAAAUAUCCAAUGUCGUCUUCGCUAACAUCACCGGGACGCUCUCUGGAGCGACCAACCGGGUCAGCCUGACUUGUAGCCAGAGGUUUCCUUGUCACGAUAUCAGUUUUCGGAAUGUUGAUCUGAUCGCUGGCAAUGGCACAACUACUAGCUGUACAGGCCGGUGGACAUUGGCCGAUACCGUGUCCGGGCUGCCGGGGUGUUGA